GUCCUUGAUCACUCAUCCUCUUGCGUCUUGUUCCGCGAAAUCCGCCUCUGAAUACACCCACCUUCCUACAGAGAGCUGAGAACCUCACACCCCACGACACGAUGGUUUUCCUACCUCCUAAAGAGGCAGGCACUUUGCCGCCUAUUCCGGACAAUAUUCCGCUCAGUGAAUUCAUGCUUACAGAGUUGUAUGGGCGGAAUCCUCUGGGUUACUCACGGGACCCUUUCACUUGCGGAAUUACCGGGAAAAGCUUUACCACACUAGAUGUGGUGGAUCGUGUCGAUUAUCUGUCUCGCGCUCUGUCCAAGGAGCUGAACUGGAAGCCGAACACAGGCACCGAAUGGGAUAAGACGUUAGCAAUCUUCAGUUUGAACACCAUCGAUACCUUGCCACUGUCAUGGGCCGUCCACCAGCUGGGGGGACUGGUCUCCCCGGCUAACGCAGCCUACUCAGCUGCUGAGCUAAAGUAUCAGCUGCUCGAUUCCAAGGCCAAGGCUUUGUUCACCUGUCUCCCUCUCCUACAGACCGCUCUUGAGGCUGCAUCCCUUGCUGGGUUACCCAAGGAUCGCAUAUACUUGUUGGAAGUCCCACCACAACUCACCCCCGGAGUCAAGGCUCCAGCGCAAUUCAAGACGGUCUCACAGUUCAUUGAAGAGGGGAAGUCGCUCCCCAAGGUCGAGAGACUGAACUGGGCCGCUGGCGAGGGUUCUCGGCGGACAGCCUUCCUAUGCUAUUCCAGUGGGACAUCCGGGUUGCCUAAAGGUGUCAUGAUCUCUCAUCGCAAUGUCAUCGCAAACGUGCUCCAGAUCCAAGCAUUUGAGGGCACUUGGCGCGACUCCCUCAAGGCUCCCGGAACCCAAGGCAACCACACCGAGGUGGCAUUGUGUCUGCUUCCUCAGAGCCACAUCUAUUGCCUCGUAGUUAUAUGCCAUGCUGCUCCAUUCAGGGGUGACCAGGCCGUUGUUUUACCAAAGUUCGAAUUGGAUCUAUAUCUCGCUUCCAUUCAGAACUUCAAGAUCUCGUCACUGUUCCUGGUCCCUCCGAUCAUCAUCAACAUGCUCCGCAACCACGAAACUUGCGCGAAAUACAACCUAAGCUCAAUCAGGAGUAUUUUCACUGGUGCUGCGCCCUUGGGUGUGGAAACAGCCGAGGACUUUCAGAAACUAUACCCGAAUGUAAUAAUCCGGCAAGGAUACGGUCUGACUGAGACAUCAACUGUGGUAUGCUCGACUCACCCAACUGACGUCUACCUCGGUUCAUCUGGCAUCCUCCUUGCUGGCGUUGAAAUGCGCAUUGUGACCCCAGAGGGGAAGGAGAUCACAGACUACGACACGCCUGGUGAACUGGUGGUCCGCAGCCCAAGUGUCGUCUUGGGUUACCUUAAUAAUGAGAAGGCGAACCGGGAGACCUUUGAGGAUGGGUGGAUGCGAACCGGUGACGAGGCCGUCGUCCGCGUGGGCCCCAAGAAGACGGAGCAUAUAUUCAUUGUCGACCGUAUAAAGGAGCUUAUUAAGGUCAAGGGAUUACAAGUGGCCCCGGCCGAACUGGAGGCUCAUCUUCUUACCCACCCCGCCGUUGCUGAUUGUGCUGUCAUCGCCAUCCCCGACGAGGCGGCUGGAGAAAUCCCCAAGGCCAUUGUGGUCAAGUCACCUUCUUUCCGUGGCAGUGACGAGGAGGCUAUCCAAUCGAUCAAGAAGCAUGUAGAAGAGCACAAAGCCCGACACAAGUGGCUCAAGGGCGGCGUUCGCUUCAUCGAUGUUAUUCCCAAGAGUCCUAGUGGUAAGAUUUUGCGUCGGAUGCUUCGCGAUCAAGAGAAGGAGGCAAGGAGAAAGGCUGGUUCCAAGCUGUAGGCAUGCUUAUACUUUGGGAUACUGUGAGAGCGGUGCACUGCAGAAGAUUUUGCCUCGGC